UUCUUUAGUAGAGGGAAUGAUUGUGUAGACCAUUGUUGGAAUAUAUGCGGGAGAGAUAUUCAAGUUCCGUGCCUUGGUUUAAAGUCAUGCCCUGUAUUUCAAAGAAUUCCAAGAAUUGCCUCAAGGUUUACUAUUGAUGACAGAUACGUUAGAUAUAUAUGCGCAAGAUGUUUCGAAAAACAUGACCCUGCUAACCUAAAACAGAAAAUAAUGGCAAUUCAAAAUGAACAUGAGAGAAUACUAUUAUUGUACGAUGAAUUUGUAGAAGAUAAUAAGAUUAAUAUAGGAAAUUGUAAAAUCAAACAAUAUACUAAAACUUUAUAG